GAAACAUUAUUACAAGCCAAGUUCUUCUUCGUAAUCAAAAGCAACCAAACUUAUUCGAGAUGUUUCGAUGUUUCAAAGAAUCAGAGCGGCCAUCAUCCAAUGCUCUGUCUACCGUAGAGCUUCUUGUUCAUAUGAACUGUGAAGGAUGUGAAAGAAUGGUUAAGAAAGCAAUCUCCAAGUUAGAAGGGGUUGAUUCAAUAGAUAUAGAUAUGGAUAAUCAAAAAGUAACAGUGACGGGAUACGUAGACCAAAGGCAGGUGCUGAAAAUGGUGAGACGAACAGGAAAAAAAGCUGAGUUCUGGCCGUACCCAUAUGAUGCAGAGUAUCAUCCGUUUGCAGCUCAAUAUUUAGAAGACUCUACAUUUUCGUCGACGUAUAAUUACUAUCGACACGGUUAUAACGAGAGUGUUCAUGGAUACUUCCCUAACUUCCCGUUUUCUACCAUCAUCGACGAUCAUACCGCCCAUUACUUCAGCGAUGAGAAUGUUCAUGCCUGUACUAUCAUGUAGUGAUGACGAUCAACAUUAAUGUGAUCAACUUCAACUUCCAUUAUUAGUUGACACUGCCUCUUUAAUUCAUUAUGCAACUAGGCAUUCAUACUCUAAAAA